CUUAGCAUUCGCAAUGGCUUCAUCAAUUGCUAUACAUUUCAUGCUUCUCUCAAUAGCCCUUUCCUCAAUACACUCCUUAUCAGCAUUAUCACACGUUCCCAACACCUUUACCCUUGGCAUUAAAAAAGACCAAGAAACCAAUCUCUUCUACGCUUCAGUUGGCAUAGGAACUCCAAGACACAACUUCAACCUAGUCAUUGAUCUUGCUGGAGAAAACCUAUGGUACGAUUGUGACACUCAUUACAAUUCAUCAUCAUACACUCCCAUUUCUUGUCGCUCCAAAAGAUGCCCAGAAGAUAUAUGCGUUAGUUGCGAUGGCCCCUUCAAACCCGGUUGCACAAACAACACGUGUCAUGCUACUGCAAGUAACCCUUUAGCUAACUCCAUCUUUGGUGGUGAACUUGGGGAUGAUAUCGUUUUCCUUUCAAAACAGAAAAUCUCUGGCUUGCUUACUAGCUGCAUUGAAGUCGAUGGAUUCUCAUCAUUCAGGAACAAUGAUUCAGCACUUUUUCACUUACCCAAAACCUCCAAAGGAGUUUUAGGCCUUUCAAAAUCACAACUUGCGUUACCAGCACAACUUGCAUUAGCAAAUAACCUUCCUCACAAGUUUUCUCUUUGCUUGCCUUCUUCAAACAACCUUGGUUUUACCAACUUGCUUGUUAGGGAACAGCCACAGGAAGUUUCGAAAUUUCUCCAAACGACACCGUUGAUUGUCAACCCUGUUUCCACGGGUCCAAUAUCCGUGGCAGGUGUUCCUUCCAAUGAGUAUUUCAUUGAUGUGAAAGCUGUUAAGAUUGAUGGGCAUGUUGUGAACUUGAAGCCUUCCCUUUUGUCUAUUGAUAACAAGGGAAAUGGUGGCACCAAAAUUAGCCCAAUGAGUCCUUUCACCGAGUUACAAUCCUCUGUCUACAAAACCUUCAUUCGGGAUUUCCUCAAGAAUGCUUCGGAUAGAAGAUUAAAGAGAGUGGCAUCAGUGCCACCAUUUGAGGCAUGUUUUGAUUCAAGUUCCGUUGGGAAUUCCGCAAGUGGGUUUGCUAUGCCAACCAUUGAUCUAGUGUUACCAGGAGGAAUGGAGUGGAAAAUCCAUGGUGCCAAUUCAAUGGUGAUGGCUAAGAAAAAUGUAGCAUGUCUAGCAAUUGUCGAUGGAGGGAAAGAGCCAAAGAUGUCGUUUGUUAAAGCUUCAAUUGUUAUUGGUGGAUAUCAGUUGCAGGACAAUCUUUUGGUCUUUGAUGUGGCUUCAUCCAAACUAAGCUUCAGCUCUUCGCUUUUGCUCCACAAUACAAGCUGUUCCCACUCUCGAAUGUUAUUUUAA